CUGCGUAGUAGUUCUCCCCGCAUGCCUGAUCCUCCGGGCAUUCCUGACGACCUGAUGUCACUGCCCCACCCUCUGGGGAGUACCAUAUACUUCAGAGACUGAUGUCUUCCCAGCUCUGAGAACUCCCUAUCGUUCAUCAUGCUGCGGAGAACCGCCCGUGAGGUGUUCGCCAAGUCCCCCAACGAUGUCGUCGUGCUCUCCUCCGUGCGCAGUCCCAUCGCCCGCGCCUACAAGGGCGCCUACAAGGACUGCUACCCGGAGGAGAUCCUGAUGCCCAUAAUGCAAUCGGCCGUUCAACGCGCAGACAUCCAACCGCACCAUGUCAACGAUGCCCUGAUCGGCAACGUUCUGGCCGAGCUCGGUUUCGCGAAGACAGGUCGCAUGGCUCUGAAUGCCGCUGGAUUCCCCAACUCCACCACCUUCCACACCCUGAAUCGUCAAUGCUCCAGUAGCCUGCAGGCCAUCACGCACAUGUCGCAUGCCAUUCUGGUCGGACAGAUCGACGUGGCGCUGGCCGGUGGCGUGGAGAGCAUGACGCGCAACUAUACCACGCGCGGCAUCCCCGUCGACGUAUCGCCGACCCUGAAGGACUCGGCCGUGAAAGAUGCUCGCGACUGUCUGCUGCCCAUGUUGAAGACGUCGGAGAAUGUUGCGUCGCGCUACGGCAUCGGUCGGCGCGAGCAGGACGAGUAUGCGGCCGAGAGUCAGCGACGGGCCGCGGAGGCGCAGGCAUCGGGCCGUUUCGAGCAUGAAAUUGCGCCGGUUCUGACGCGCCAGGUUGAUACGGAGACGGGAGAGGAGACGGCUUGCGUGGUCGAGCAGGACGAGGGGAUCAGGAAGAGGGUGACGGUUGAGAAGCUGGCGGGCUUGAAGCCAGUCCUGGAGAAUGGGGCGAGCACAGCGGGAAAUUCAUCCCAAAUUUCCGACGGUGCCUCCGCCACCAUCCUCGCUCGUCGCUCGUGGGCCGACGCCCAUGGUCUCCGGCCCAUCGCCCGAUUCGCAGGGACUCAGGUGGCUGGCUGCGCCCCCGACGAGAUGGGAAUCGCGCCUAUCGCUGCCAUUGAGAGCCUGUACCGCUAUACAGGAAUCCAGAAAAGUGAUGUCGCCGUGUGGGAACUGAACGAGGCAUUUGCCAGUCAGACGAUUCACUGCGUGCGCGAAUUAGGACUGGACCUUGACAAGGUCAAUCCCAAUGGCGGCGCAAUCGCUCUGGGGCACCCGAUCGGAGCGACGGGAGCCCGACAGACAGCAACCCUGUUGGCCGAAUUGACGAGAAGGGAGCAGGAGGUGGGCGUGGUGAGCAUGUGUGCGAGUACCGGAAUGGGAGUGGCAGCGCUGUUCAUCAGGGAGUGAUUUUAUCUCGGGAUUUUUUCGGUAGUAAUAUUUUACGUGGCGUCGUAGUAUUUCAUGAUCAAUGCUAAACUUGUACGUCUGUUUGAUGCACAACAGCAC